GUAUAAACACUCAAAUUGCACAACUAAACCUUAAAACAACAUUUUUUAAAAGCGCCCUCUAUAGUUUACUUCUUUUAUGUUACGUUGGGGUCUUCGAAUUUCGCGGUUGGCAGCGGCAGCACUGUGAAAAAGUUCCAAUGUCAAGUGACAUACAAAAGCAAGUGCGGUAAAUAAAUCAGAAUUCUUAAUUUAAAAUUAAAUUUUUUUGGCUAUUGUAAUAACAACGAAUAAUUUUGCAUGUAAUGCUAACAGUUUGAGAAAUUUACGAUCAUGUCUGAGACAAGAGAAAAAUAUGGCCCAUUAAUCGGAUCAAUAGAUGAAGGCACAUCAAGUACAAGGUUUUUGGUUUUUGCUUCGAAGACAGCCGAGGUAUUGACUUAUCACCAGGUUAAAAUCCCACACAUCACCCCAAAGGAGGGAUGGUUUGAACAGGAUCCUAUGCAGAUUUUAAAUUCAGUUAUAGAAACAAUCAAUGUAACUUGUGAUAAUUUAAAGAAACUUAAUAUUAAUUACGAGGAUAUAGUAGCUACAGGAAUCACAAAUCAAAGGGAAACUACAAUUCUCUGGGAUCGCACAACAGGGAAACCAUUAUAUAACGCUUUAGUAUGGAUGGAUAUGAGAACGUCAAGUACAGUCGACACUAUUUUGUUAAAUGGGAAAAGAAACAAGAAUUUUUUACAAAGCAUGUGUGGACUUCCUAUUAGUACAUAUUUCAGUGCUUUAAAAAUCAAAUGGUUGAUGGAUAAUGUUGAUGGAGUUAAGAAAGCAAUGGAGGAAAAAAGGUGUGUUUUUGGAACGGUAGACACUUGGUUAAUUUGGAAUCUCACAGGUGGUGUAAAAGGUGGCCUUCAUAUAACUGACGUCACUAAUGCUUCAAGAACAAUGUUGAUGAAUAUAGAAACCCUUAAAUGGGAUCCUCAUCUAUGUAAAAUUUUUGAUAUUCCAAUGCACAUUUUGCCUGAAAUCAGAAGCUCCUCUGAGAUAUAUGGCUAUAUAACUGAUGUUACAUUAUUGGCUGGAAUUCCAAUUUCAGGAGUUUUGGGUGAUCAACAGGCGGCAUUAGUUGGCCAAAUGUGUUUUCAUCAAGGACAAGCCAAAAAUACCUAUGGGACUGGUUGCUUUCUAUUGUACAAUACUGGAACUACAAUGGUUCAGUCAAACCAUGGGCUUUUAACAACAGUUGGCUACAAAUUGGGCCCCGAUAAACCAACUGUUUAUGCUUUAGAAGGUUCAAUUGCUAUUGCAGGGAUUUCAAUAAAAUGGCUUCAGGACAAUUUAAUGAUUUUGAAAGACUCUAAAUAUUCUGGAGAGAUGGCUGCAUCGGCAGAUGAAGUGGGUGAAGUUUAUUUCGUUCCAGCAUUUUCUGGUCUUUAUGCACCUUACUGGCGUAAAGAUGCUAGAAGUGUCAUAUGUGGUUUAACUGAAGAAACCAAACCAGAACAUUUAGUUAAAGCUGCUUUAGAAGCAGUUUGUUAUCAAGUAAGGGAUAUUUUAGAAGCAAUGGCGUUAGAUUGUGGUUACUCUUUAUCUAAACUUCUAGUAGAUGGUGGUAUGACUGCCAAUGAUUUUUUGAUGCAAAUGCAAGCUGAUUAUUGUGGUAUUCCUGUGGUGAGGCCUACAAUGGCUGAGACUACUUGUUUAGGGGCUGCUAUAGCUGCUGGAAAUGCAAAAGGAGUUGAAGUUUGGGAUUUGGAUAAUAUACAACCUGUGCCAAGUGAUACAUUCUUACCAUCGAUAUCUGAGGACCAAAGGGAUAUCAAGUAUGCGCGAUGGAAAAUGGCUAUUAACAGAAGUUUAGGGUGGGCACACGAUGAAGAAGAAGAUAACAGUUUUGAAGAAUUGUCAGAUGUUGAUGCCUCUAUUACAGAUGACAAUAUGUUAACAACACUGCCAGGAGGACUUUUCGUUCUUGGAACUAUGGUUAUGCUACUUAUGGCUGAAAUUCUAGAAAAAAAAUAAAAGUUAGCCAAAGUUGAAUUGCAACAACUUGAAGUAAUAAAAAUUUAAGUCAUUUGUGUUUUUUAUUAUGGUUGUGUAUUGAGUUAUUUAUUUGCAUUUAAAGUCACUUUAGCUGUGAUUUUUCUGUUUUUGGUUGUUUUAGUAUUUGCUUAUGCUGCAAAAGUAUUAAUUUUUAUGCUUUGAUAAGCAAUAAAUAAAUAUAAAGUUUUUUUUU